AAUAAUAAUAAUGAAUCAAUCAAACUCAACCCGCAGAACGUCUUCGCUGGCCGUAAAUUUUAUCAAGUCCGCGAUCAAACCGCAAAAAAUCCCUCCUUUCGGACGUCUACCCAGUUGAAUCUAGUUUAGUUUGUUCCAUUGAAUCCGGAAGCAUACGAUGUAAGUGUUCGCCAAGUGUGAAAAUGCCGCGACGAGCGACACCAGCCGUUUUUCUCCGCGCCCGUAGUGGAGAAAGUCGACGUAGAUUUUGAACGAGUGAAAAAUGGCGAAGAAAAAACCAUCUGACGACGAUUCUAAUUGCCCAAGUGCUGUCGAAUGGGACAAAACGUGGAAAUGUUCGUGCGCCCAGUGAAUUUGCAAUAAACAUGAAUCUUAUCGCGGCAUUGACGUCAUUGUGCGGAAGAAUAGUGUUCUGGGUCUGAAUCCGAACGGGGGAGAAGCACCCCUUUCGAAAAGAAAACUCCCCGUCCGCUGGGGAGACUUGGGAAGCAGCGGCGGUGGCGACGGUACGGGAGGCCAAGGAGGUGCUUGUGUAAUCGAGCGAAUGUGUUAGAUGCCUAGUGCGCCUUAAGAUGAGAGUUCCAGCCAUAGGAAAUCUGCUUAUCAGAUGUAUCCUUAUCUUGCUUUUGUUGCUAUUUAGUGAUUGUACAAAUAUAACCAAUAGCUUUAGCAAUAGUAAUGUCGCCAACGUUGUCAGUAAUGGUAGUGGUGCCCUGGGGGUAGAAAUCAAUCAAAAUGUAAACGCGAGCAAGUUGAGUAACAUAACUAGUAAUGCUGCUGCAGCUGCUUCGGCGGCUGAUCCAGGUCACAACGCCACCAGUCGCAAUUGCUGCGAUAGUGAUGGAGCUCGAGGCAGUAAUCAAAGGCGGACCACCGCACAGCGGGUUGUGGUGGAGUUUGCGACGAAUGUGGUCCAAAACGAGUACAUCGUCCAGUUCGAUGGAUACUAUAAACGAGCUGUCAGGGAGAAGCAUAUUCAGUCGGCGCUUAAUGGAUCUAAGGUGAAAAAUUGGCGCAUCCAACCACGCUUGAACCCCAUCAGCGACUAUCCUAGCGAUUUCGAUGUCAUCACCCUGGAGGAAGACUCCAAGUCACAGUCCGAUGGGAUAGAUUUACUCCGAUCGCACCCAUCGAUCAAGUCGAUUUCGCCACAACGGAUGGUCCAUCGAACGCUGAAAUAUGUUCCAAUGGAAGUUUCACCCGAUGAGAGUGAGGUGGAUGACAACGGUGACGACGUCGAAGUAUCCGAGGUGGAAGACGAGGAGGUGAUCGAGUUUAUCGAAAAGUUCAAAAACUUCAAACGGAAGCUAUCGACUGACGUGAAUGAACUUAACGAUAGUAGGCCGGAUGCGGGGCAUCAGAUGAGUCUCCCAGUGGGAUCUGCUAAUCGGCAUUCAAAUCGUCGCUUGCUGAGGGCGAUACCAAGGCAGAUAACGUCUCUGCUGAAAGGGGAUGUAUUAUGGGGCAUGGGUAUAACGGGGAAAGGUGUGAAGGUGGCCGUAUUUGAUACCGGGCUGUCGAAGAAUCAUCCCCAUUUUAAAUCGGUUAAGGAAAGAACCAAUUGGACGAAUGAGAAGACUUUGGAUGACGGCGUAAGUCAUGGAACAUUUGUAGCUGGCAUUAUUGCUUCUUCGAAGGAAUGUCUUGGUUUUGCGCCGGACUCGGAACUGCACAUUUUCCGGGUUUUUACCAACAAUCAAGUUUCGUAUACUUCGUGGUUUUUGGACGCUUUCAAUUACGCAAUUUUGAAGAAGAUUAACGUACUCAAUUUAAGCAUUGGAGGUCCGGAUUUCUUGGAUCAACCGUUUGUGGACAAAGUUUUGGAGUUGUCGGCGAAUAAGGUGAUCAUGGUAUCUGCAAUUGGAAAUGAUGGUCCGCUGUAUGGAACUUUGAACAAUCCUGGAGAUCAGAUGGAUGUGAUCGGCGUUGGCGGAAUGGAUUACAACGAUAACAUCGCAAAGUUUAGUUCUCGUGGAAUGACUACGUGGGAACUCCCGAACGGUUAUGGUCGCAUGAAACCAGAUAUUGUCACGUACGGAAGCCAGGUAAAAGGAAGCAAUCUGAAUGGGGGUUGUAAGUCGCUAUCCGGCACUUCUGUCGCCUCUCCGGUUGUUGCAGGAGCAGUUACUCUGUUAGCAAGUGGGGUGAUCAACCGAUUUGAUAUUGUUAAUCCUGCUUCAAUGAAACAAGCAUUGAUUGAAGGUGCACAGAGACUGACGGAAAACAACAUGUUUGAGCAGGGGCACGGAAAACUGAAUAUUCUGAAGAGUAUGAAGAUAUUAUCGACGUAUAAGCCAAAAGUAACUCUGUCGCCAGCCUACCUGGACUUCACCGAGGACUACAUGUGGCCUUACACAACUCAAAGCUUGUUCUACACGAGCGCACCGGUUAUAGCGAAUGUUACGAUUCUGAACGGAAUGGGUGUUAUUGGAAGGGUGAUCAAUACUCCUACGUGGCAUCCGUACUCCAACGAAAAUGGCCAAAUGCUGAACAUUUCGAUCUCGUAUUCGGAACAGCUUUGGCCGUGGUCUGGCUGGAUUGCGAUUCACAUUGGAGUCAAUGAAUUGGGACGUAGCUUCGAGGGAUUAGCUCAAGGACACAUCACACUAACAGUUCAAAGCCCAGCUGGUCCUGGGGAGAAUGAACCUCGGAACGGAACGGUCAGUUUUCCUAUCAAAGUUAAAAUUAUUCCACAACCACCGCGACACAAGCGAAUUUUGUGGGAUCAGUACCAUAGCUUACGAUACCCGCCGGGAUAUCUCCCGCGGGAUAACCUUAAAAUCAAAUCCGACCCGCUGGACUGGCGAGCUGACCACAUUCACACAAACUUCAAAGACAUGUAUACUCAUCUAAGAAACGCUGGAUAUUACGUUGAAGUCCUAGGUGCCCCGUACACCUGUUUCAAUGCUAGCUUUUAUGGAACCUUGCUGUUGGUCGAUCCAGAGGAGGAAUAUUUUCACGAAGAGAUUAUAAAACUAAAGAACGAUAUUCUAGAGAGGGAUCUUAGCGUGAUUGUGUUCGCAGAUUGGUACAACACGACCGUCAUGAGAAAGAUCAAGUUCUACGACGAGAACACUCGCCAGUGGUGGAUGCCCGAUACGGGAGGUGCAAACAUUCCGGCUUUGAAUGAACUACUUCGCGAUUUCGACAUCGUACUAGGAGACAAAGUAUCGGAAGGAUACUUUGAUAUGCGCGAUCAUCGCAUGUACUAUGCCUCGGGAAGCAAUAUAAUCAAAUUCCCCACCGGGAACAACACUAUCUUGAUCGAGCGGGACUUGUUCGACCAGGGUUUGGAUAUUCUCUCGCCUGACGAAAAAAGACAGAAAAUCCGAGCAAAAACAGCAAUCCUAGGUCUGCUGCAGACGGAUCACACUUACUCCAAAGUGCAACCCGCAACACCAAACCCGGACCUCAUCAACGGCGUCAACAUGGAAUUGGACGCCGAUCGUAGCGCAGAAGAACGCCAAAUUGAUCGAGACUCGAUCAUCAAUAAACGAAUUUUACUGAACGCCAAGUCCUUCGCCGACGAUGACGACGACGUGCCCAACGAGGGCGGAGAACAACGGCAGGACUUCGAAACGAAUCCGGAUUUUGAUGGUUUGAAAAAUCUGGAAGAUGAAGAACAGGACGACAUCCAGAAAAUCCAACACCCCGAAGAGAUCAGUCAGCUGCUGUCGGAAAAGAAGCAGAACUUUACCGGAGAGAAAAUAAUCAUGGUGGAAGUGCCUCAAACGUUGCUGAAGCUACAGCCGGAUCAGUCGAAGGCAUCGGUCAAAGCCAACGACAGCGCUUCUGGUGGGAAAGAUAAUCGAAAGAUUGGUGGUAGAAUUGCCGUUUAUGGUGAUUCGAAUUGCCUCGAUUCAACCCAUCUGGACAAACCGUGCUUCUGGCUGUUGGAUUCGCUGCUGGAGUACACAAUGACGUCCCACGUGACCAACCUGCUGAAAGAUCUGAACAGCACUCGGCAUAGUGACGUACUAAGUGAUACAAAACCACCCGCCCGAUUAGCGAACAACAACCUGCACCUGUACUCCAAAGUUCUUGGACCGGGCAAUGAAAAACGCCAACUGCCGCGGUGCCAGCAACUCAAGUGGGAACAUCCCAUCUCGUUGAAUAUGUCCACGCUCAGUGGGUACGGAUUGAACGAACGAUUGCUCCUCCAGCAGCAACAGGAGCUGCAGCAACAGCAAGCUCAACAGGGCCUAUUCGGUAACGAAAUCGACAAUAGCGUGAAUCUGUUCCGAAAGCUAGAAAGUCAAAAAGCAACCAUAAUUAGCGCCAACGACGAACCGGACGUUCCGGGCUGGCGAAACAAGAAAACCGACAAAAUCCCACCAAAUGCACCGAACAGUUUCGUGAAUCCAUCGGUUGGACGUCCUUCGGUGGCUUCCCUUGGAGUUAAAGUGCCAGCCGGUGUAACGGCCGGUCAAAGCCAAUCAAAAGAUCAUCAUCAACAACAACAACAACAACAGCACCUUCAACCCGCUGCCGACCACCAGAACGCCAAUCCCAGCGAUUUGUACGGAAGCAGUUACUUUGCGCUCAGUCGCGGAGGAGGUUCCAGCUUCCGGUUGACGUCCAAUUGGUUCAUGACGGUGACCGGGGUGCUACUUCUGCUAGCACUGCUCAACUGGAUACGCAAAUCUAAAGGCCUCACGAUUAAGCGACGAUGUAACUAUCUGUUUAAAAAGAUUGGGUUCUGAGGGGAGACCUCAUGAAAUGUGAGAAUCGUUUACGCUUGAGUCGCAAAGUAGUUAGAUGACUGAUUGUUGUUUAGUUGCAGUGCAUUUUGUUAUCGGGCAAACAUCUCCGAAUUCAGAGGAAAAUUAGUCUGUGUAUAGACAUACUUGAUCCUACGAAAAAUAGCCAAAUUUAAAUAUUGGAAAAGAAUUUUCUCCAAAUUUCUGUUUAGCUGGCAAGUCUACAAUCGGUUCCACAGCAAUAUACUUUUUAAUUCGGAAUGUCAUCGGUGUAUCAGAUAACACAAGACAAACUCCACAUGCUUACAGAUGAGUUCGAGGCUGAGCAAACGGAUGGCGGGAUUGACCCAAAGAUUUUAGAUUUUUUUGCUUAGUUUGGUUGACUUAAAAUGCCUUAGGAAAAACAAACAAAAAGAAGAAAAUUCAAGCAAAACAGUUUGCAAUUUAUUGAAGGCGCGUUAUGUGAUGUUUAGUUUAAGUGCUAAGAUGAUGUUUACUAUCCAUGUCGGGGUAGUUGUGAGAGAUAGUUAUAAAACUGAAACGAGAUACAUUCUGCAUACAUUAUGUAGAACUGUCUCAUUAGAUGAUGCUGGAUGAUAUAGUACUAAUAAAUAUGAACCACUGUCUAUUUUUAUACAACAAUAA